GGCGCGGAGUUGGAGCGUGAUGGCGGCCGGAGGCAGCGACCCUCGCGCCGGCGAUGUGGAGGAAGACGCCUCGCAGCUCGUCUUCCCCAAAGAGUUUGAAACAGCAGAAACUCUGUUAAAUUCUGAAGUGCACAUGCUUCUGGAGCAUCGGAAGCAGCAGAAUGAAAGUGCAGAGGAUGAACAAGAGCUCUCCGAGGUGUUCAUGAAAACGCUAAAUUACACUGCCCGGUUUAGUCGGUUUAAAAACAGGGAAACCAUUGCUAGUGUUCGGAGUUUGUUACUCCAGAAAAAGCUCCAUAAGUUUGAGCUGGCCUGCUUGGCAAACCUUUGUCCUGAGACGGCAGAAGAGGCAAAGGCUCUGAUUCCAAGCCUGGAGGGUCGAUUUGAAGAUGAGGAAUUACAACAGAUUCUUGAUGAUAUCCAGACCAAGAGGAGCUUCCAGUAUUAGUAAUAGGAGCCCAGCCCUUCAGUGAAGACAGAAGGGAAAUUUCCCAAAAUUCCUCUGCAGCUGAGAAGAACUCGGACUCUCUUCAGAGACCGUACGGAAAUUGAGUCGCGAAAGUUGGUCAAGCCUCCUGUGGACAAGGCAAUGCAAAGUCUUGCAUCAACAAGUAAUUCAAACUUGUGGAACAGUUGUGAUUCUGACUGACUCUUUGAAUAUUUGAGAUGUGGCUAAGGCCAGGAAUGUCAUUGACUCCUAAAGGGGCUUUGGGAUGAUUUCCUUUAAUGAUGGGUUUUUAAAUGAGAUGGUGGACCAGUACCUAGAUACUUGCAUCAUCCUCUCCGUCCCUUCUCUUCAAGGGAAGUGUUUAAGGGGAAAGAGUGAAGUGGGAGAGUUUAGCCAGUAAAUAUGGCAUGUUAUUGACUACCUCAUAUCACUGAAUUUGGCACUUCAUUUAUAUUCACGGAAUUUCAAGCUAUUGUGAAAUAUUAUUGACCCAGAUUAGAAUAUAUAAAAAUAAUUUGAGUAAAAAAAAGUUGUCUCAUAUAAAUGAUGGAAGGAAAAAUCAGAGUGAACCUAUACCUGAAUUGUUUGAAGUUCUUAAAAAACCGAAAAAUUGAACACCUCACAAUCUUGAAGUACUAUAUCAUCAAUUUGGCCAAAAUUCAGAGGGAAAAAGAUUAAACUACUGGCAGUCUUAGGGCAUCACUGUAUAUAAAUUCAAAAGAACUUUGAUUUAGGAGGCUCAGUUUGGCCUCUUGCAUAUCCUCAAGGCUUUGAGGUUUUGGAGCAGGAGGGAGUUUGUGGGAUUUACUCUUAUCUGACAGUUGCUGUGGGAAAGAGUGCUUUCUGAGUUUAAGCUAGUCCUUGAUCCUGAUUUUAAAUGCCAUUCAGUUCAAUAUAGGUUUGGUAUAUCACUGGAAAGUAUUGGGGAGGACCAGAGAGAAUGAGACUUGAUUCCGGUUGGGUCAUCACAAUGAACUAACUUUGGGACAGUUUUCCUUUCUAGCCCUAAAUUUCAGCAUUGAUUUCUGAAAGGUCCUGCAAAUAUUUUUUUUGUAAUUGCUUCUCUCACACCCUAAAAUCUGUUACUGUAAUUUGAUCUAAUAAUAGAAAUGGGGAUUUCGUAUUGGAUAUCCAGUUAAUUGUGCAGUUCCUAAGAAGUAAACUUACUCUAGGAAAUAAAAUUAUUUUUCAAUAAAGUUAUGACAGCCUGCAUUUUA